AUGAUAUCCAGUAUGGUUAAGAGGGCUGUGGGGAAGCUGGAAAAGAGGCCAGCAGAGGCGCCGAAAACUUCCAUGGAGACGGUCUUGACCUUAGCAGAAGCCAUAAGGUUCGGUUGUGUAGAUACAUUAGGCAAAUGGCAUCUCUUGGACUUGCCUAGAGCAAUCAUUUAUACUAUCAUGGACAAGGGUAAGAAAACAGUUGCAAUCGAAUGUGGAGAAAGAGACGAUUGUAAACAACUGAAAGACCCCGAAUUAGAGGAAUUGUAUGAGCUCAAACAGUGCUUGAUACGAACCAUGCUUUUCAGCAAAAAACGCUUUCAUGCCUUUCUGUUUGCUGCUGAAUACGUCAUGGACGAUGUUAUCCUAAGGAAGAGAAGAGCUCGGAUUCUAAAGCCUGCUUUCACAUUGAUACGUGAUCAAAAAUUAAAAUGUUUGUUUGUGUUCAUCCGGGGAACUCGUAGCAUAAAAGACACUCUGACAGAUGCAAUCGGCGCUCCCGUUUCCUUCAAACAUUUCGUUUGCAGUGAUGGUGAGCUGAAGAUGAGCAACGUGGUUUCAGGACAUGGACACCGCGGCAUGGUUGCUGCAGCACGUUGGAUCAGCAAGCACUGUACUCCUAAACUUCUUGAUGAAAUUCGUCGAUACCCCGAUUUCCAAAUCAAGAUCGUUGGGCACUCGCUUGGUGGUGGUACUGCUGCGCUUUUGACAUAUAUGCUUCGAGAGAUAAAGCAGUUCUCUUCAUGCACUUCUGCUUGUAUGUCAUUGGAGUUGGCAGAAUUCGGGAAGCCCUUUGUGACUUCCGUUGUAAAUGAUCAUGACAUGGUGCCUACAUUGUCAGCUUCUUCUGUUAAUGAUUUCAUCUUCGAGGGUCGGAUUAAGCGUAAGAAAUUCAUAAAUUCUAUUGGAUCUCGCUUUCCAUUUGCAUCUAGUGCAAAAAUCAUAGCAGAUCAUGCACUAUCCCGUGGCACUGAGGUUGUGAUGAAGAGUAAACAAAGAACUCGGUCACUAAUAACCUGGUCCCGACAUGAGAAUACUGUUGCAUUGACAAGUUCUAAAUCAGAAAAUUUGGCUGAAGCAUCUCGAAUAUCAGAGACAGUUCAUGAUGUAACUGAAGAGUCAACAAUCUCCGAGGUUACGAGUGAUGAGGAUGAGGGAUCUAAAUCCUCCAGUGAAGGAUCUGAUAAUGAUGACUUGGAUAAAGAAGAGGAGCAUAUCAUAGCUUCUACUCGCAACGUUACUGCUCCCACUUUCCCUGACGAUGAAUUGAAUCAAUAUUUGAAGGAGUUUCAACUAGAGGCACAGGAUGAUACCCCUAACAUUCACAGUGCCAAGGAGAAAGAAGUAGCCACAAAAAAAGGCAUCACAGAAGAAGAGAAGAAUGGUGAGGUUGUUCAUAGUGAAGAAAGUCGAGGUGGUGCAGUGGCAACAUCUGACAACUUGGGUAGACAUGCUCUAUAUCCACCAGGAAGGAUCUUGCAUAUUGUCCCUGCACCUUCCUCUGAAAAUUCUACAUCAAACCACUAUGAUGAUGAGGAUGAGAAGCAUGUCUUGUUGUAUGAAACGGGUAGAGAAUUGUAUGGAAAGCUCAGACUUUCAAGAAGGAUGAUACUAGAUCAUAUGACAAGCAACUAUUUGAAGGUGUUACAACAACUAAUCAAACAACUAGAGAAACAGAAGUCCCAGUACAAAGGAUCAUGA